ACUGUGGGGGCCCGGCGGGGUGCCCCCCAAGAAACACACACACACACACACAAAUUGGCACCACCCUCUGGCCCUCCGCCCCGCGUUCGGUCCCCGCCCCACCUCGCGGCCCGCCCCGCAGGUAAAGCUGCGACCCAGGAGGUGCGUGGGGAUGAUCUCACUCGCGCGCUCCGCGCCGGGAGCAGAAGCAGGAGCAGGAGGAGGAGGAGGAGGAGGAAGAGGAGGAGGAGGAGCGGGAGCAGCUCCGACUUCCGGGUAGUGCAGCCACACGCCACCGGCGUCUUGCUUGCUUUUUCUCCCCCUUUGCCCCACACCCCACCCCACCCCGUGCACCCCUUGUCUCUCCCGCCUUUGCUUUCCUUCUACCCGGCCCCACCUGCAAACAUGAACAGCUCAGACGAGGAGAAGCAGCUGCAGCUCAUCACCAGCCUGAAGGAGCAAGCAAUAGGCGAAUAUGAAGACCUUCGAGCAGAGAACCAGAAAACAAAGGAGAAGUGUGACAAAAUUAGACAAGAACGAGAUGAAGCUGUUAAAAAACUGGAAGAAUUUCAGAAAAUUUCUCACAUGGUUAUAGAGGAAGUCAAUCUUAUGCAGAACCAUCUUGAAAUAGAGAAGACUUGCCGAGAAAGUGCUGAAGCUUUGGCCACAAAGCUAAAUAAAGAAAAUAAAACAUUGAAAAGAAUCAGCAUGUUAUACAUGGCCAAGCUGGGACCAGAGGUCAUAACUGAAGAAAUAAACAUUGAUGAUGAAGACCCAACCACAGAUUCUGAACUUGCUUCAGAGACUUGUGUGUCGGGACAGUGUCAGAAGCAGAUGAAAGAACUUCGAGAUCAAAUUGUAUCUGUUCAAGAGGAAAAGAAGAAUCUAGCCAUUGAACUAGAAAACCUCAAGAGCAAACUUGCAGAAGUAAUGGAAGAAGUAAAUAAAGUUAAACAAGAAAAAGAAGUUUUAAACUCUGAAGUUUUGGAACAGAGAAAAGUCUUAGAAAAAUGCAACAGAGUGUCUAUGCUAGCAGUAGAAGAAUAUGAAGAGCUACAAGUCAAUUUGGAACUGGAGAAGGACCUUCGAAAGAAAGCAGAGUCUUUUGCACAAGAAAUGUUCAUUGAACAAAACAAGCUCAAAAGGCAAAGCCAUCUUCUGCUACAGAGCUCUGCUCCUGACCAGCAGCUCUUGAAAGCUUUAGAUGAAAAUGCAAAACUCACACAGCUCUUGGAAAAAGAAAGAAUUCAUCAUCAACAAAAGGUUAAAGAAUUAGAAGAGCAGCUAGAAAACGAAACACUCAACAAAGAAAUACACAACCUUAAGCAGCAACUGGAACUUCUAGAAGAAGAUAAAAAAGAAUUGGAAUUGAAGUAUCAGAAUUCUGAGGAAAAAGCCAGAAAUCUAAAACAUUCUGUUGACGAACUCCAGAAACGGGUGAACCAGUCUGAGAAUUCAGUACCUCCUGCACCUCCUCCGCCACCACCACUCCCACCGCCUCCCCCCAAUCCCAUCCGGUCUCUCAUGUCCAUGAUCCGGAAGCGAUCCCACCCCAGCGGCAGUGGUGCUAAGAAAGAAAAGGCAGCUCAACCCGAAACAACUGAAGAAGUCACAGAUCUGAAGAGGCAAGCAGUGGAAGAAAUGAUGGAUAGAAUUAAAAAAGGAGUUCAUCUCAGACCGAUUAAUCAGACAGCCAGACCCAAGGCAAAGCCUGACUCAUCCAAAGGCUCUGAAAGUGCAGUGAAUGAACUGAAAGGAAUACUGGGGACACUUAACAAAUCCACUAGUACAAGAAGCUUAAAAUCCCUUGACACUGAAAACAGUGAAACUGAGUUAGAAAAGAUUUUGCGGCGCAGAAAGGUGACAGCUGAAGCAGAUAGUAGUAGUCCAACCGGGAUAUUAGCCACCUCAGAGUCCAAAUCCAUGCCAGUGUUGGGUUCUGUAUCCAGUGUAACAAAAAGAGCCUUGACCAAGAAAACUCUGGAGGCAGAAUUCAACAGCCUGCCCUGCCCAACACCUGAGCCAGGUGAAGGGUGCUGUAAAUUGGAAGAAUGCACAAGUUCCAAGGUUACACUUCAGCCUCCCAGUAACACUGGACAGAGGAUUGGCAGUAAAGAGCAAGCUGAGCCAGUUGUAGUUUUAGAUCCUGUUUCCACACAUGAGCCUCAAACCAAAGACCAGGUCAUGGAAAAGGAUCCAACUCAACACAAGGAGGCAGAAGGUGAAAUGAAACCAGAAUACAAAGAAACAAGCAGUGGAAAAACUCAAGAUUCCAACAGCUCCAUCUGCUGAUCCAGAAACCAGAAAGAUGACAUGUGUGGAAGCCAUUUUCAAUAAGCACAUCUUCGGUUUUAGAUUGGCAAGGGCUAUGGACAUUCUGUUCUUGUCACUGGAUUCAGGAUAAAAGUUUUUUUUCUGGUGUUCCUUUUGUAAGCAGUACAACUAUAAGCUAGUUAGCACAAUCUACAGCCUAAGUAGUCUUUGGUUUUUAUCUUGAUAGGGAUAAGGUUCUUUAUAAUUACUAUAGAACAUGUGACUUCCUUUAGGUGGUUACAGAAAUCUCUUUUAGAUAAUGUGUAUACUCCUCCUCCGAUGUAUUGUUCAAGUUUGCAGUACUUGUAGGUCUUUUGAUAAAUAUAACUGAUUUAUGUAAUGUACAAAGUUCCCUAAAAUGUUUCUGUUUGGUGGUGAAACUAAAAUAACCUAAAAAUUGUUGGGGACUAUGGCAUACAAAUGACAAUCUAGUAGACUGAUGGACUUAAAACAUACAGGAGCUGCCAUCAACUGAAUGGUCCCAUGUUAAUGUUAAAUCACACAAGUCCUUCCUUUAGUACAAGUUGAAAAUACUUGAUGCUGAUUAUUUUCAAAGCAUCCCACAGAUUUUGGUUGAAAAUGCACUAGUGGCCUGAAUGUAGAAUUGAGAGGAAGUCCAAAACUUGGAAAUUAAAAACAUUAUCUUGGCAAACCAUGCUCUUUCAACUAUAAGUUAACUAUGAUUGGGUGGUUUUCUUUUUCAUGUACUAAUGUAGCACAAGUACCAUAUUUUGUUACAGUUCUUAGGUGAAGCUAAGUGACAGGCAAACAAUGUUCUUGCUUCACUGCUGUUCUACAUUGCACAGGUUUGUUAUAUUUUUUUUUAAGAAAUUAAGUGGUAGUUAGUCUCUUAAAGUACAAUAUUUCAGGCUCCCAUGGCGAAUAAAUAGACAUAUAAUCAGGGAUUUUUUUAAACGUAUACAGCUUUUCAAAGUUGAUUAUUUCAAAAUUGGUGUUUAUUUAAAUAAGUGGUAAUGUACUAGAAUGCAUUUUUUAUGACAAUGAUUCUGUAAUGGUAAUUUUACUAUUAAAGAAAGUGAAAGGUUGAGUUUUAUUGGCAUGGUUAAGCAUGUAACUGUCAGGUGUUUUCACCUAAGGGUAAAAGAAAAUGAUAGUCAUAAUUGCAGUAGUUGUGUUUUAUUUUUGCAUGUGUGCUAAGCAUAGGCUUAAAGAGGUGGGUUGGCAGGUAAUGUACUUCCUAAAUUUGGAGAUAAUUAUCUUUAUGUAGGUUUGUUAUGCUUGACUGUUGCCAUGUUCUUCUGGUGAUUUUACAGUAACUGAACAGUCCCCUCAUGGGGAAUUAAAAUAGAAUGAUUUCAAAUGAUUUCCCUUAAUUGAAUAAUACUGCUAUAUUACAGACUAACCACAAACUGCAUUAAAUUCGUUUAAUUAAUUGUUAUGCUGUGAUUUGAACUCCUCACUACACUUAUUAAAAAGCACCAAGAGUUUUCCAUUCAA